GUAACUUUGAUGGAUAGGGUAGGCGCUCAUUUCGAUCUUGUUUGCUUCCAUUAUGUUAUGGGAAAAAGUUGUUAUGUAUUUAUUUUCUUUAGACAAAUAAUUGUCCGCUCAAAAUACAAAGUAGGAUUCAUUCAUUCGGUGAACGAAAGAAAUUAAAUUUAUGAUUUCUAUUAUAUAAAUAAUAAUUGAGAUAAUAGAGAAUCAAAAAUAACAAAACGAAAAGCACCAAAGAAAAAAUUCAGAUUUACUUAGCUCCCCGGUUUAAAAUAGUUGCAAGAAAACCUCGCGAGUUUAAAUAUAAAGUUUCCUUCCAGAGCCCAGAAAAAUUAGCCAUCCAUUAAUCGUCCAUUUUUGCAACAGACUUAAAUCAUAAUGGCAACCGAACAACCAAAACCAGCAACUGUAGAUGUGAAAAUGGAUCUGUUUGAGGACGAUGACGAAUUUGAAGAGUUUGACAUUGAUCAAGAGUGGGAGUCGAAAAAGGAAGGGAAAGAAGCUACCCAGCAGUGGGAAGAUGAUUGGGAUGAUGAUGAUGUCAAUGAUGAUUUCUCUCUACAACUGAAAAGGGAACUGGAAAGCAACACGGAGAAGAAAUAACCAAACCUUCACAGGAUUGUUUCUCUUUCUCAAGAUUUAACCACAGAUAUCUGUUUGCGUUCAUAUAUUUCCCAUUAUGUAGCACUCUUUGUUUCACCAAACGCGAUGAACAUUAGUUUUCACCUUUAAGCGUUUGUACUGAUAAAUCUGGAUGCUCUUAAUCUGUAAUGCAGUUCUCUAUGAACAUAGUUUUUAGCCGAAAAAAUGCUUAAGCUUGGUCUUAUGUUUUUA